AAGCUUAAACCCUAGCAAGAGAAAAAAGGCGAAAGCAAUGGCGGAGCAACAAGAGAUCAUUGAUACCUUGUCGGCUGAAGUAAAGCCAGACCCAAAAGCCGUUAAUGAAACCGCGGAGAAACGUGAGAGAGAAGAGCAGACGGAGGAAACAGAGGUCGGAACCGAAUCUAAGAAGCAGAAGGUGGGAGACGAAAAAGAGAAGUCUAACGGUCCGGUUAAGCUUGGUCCGAAGGAGUUUGUUAGCUCCGUGGCGAUGUUCGAUUACUUUACCAAGUUUAUGCACUUUUGGCCAACUGAUCUCGAUGUCAACAAGUAUGAGCACAUGGUGUUACUGGAUCUGAUCAAGAAGGGACAUUCUGAGCCUGACAAGAAGAUUGGUGGAGGGAUCAAAGCCUUCCAAGUAAGAACCCACCCAAUGUGGAAAAGCAGGUGCUUCUUUCUUGUUAGGGAAGAUGACACUGCUGACGAUUUCAGCUUCAGGAAAUGUGUUGAUCAGAUUCUCCCAUUGCCUGAAAACAUGAAGGCUCCUGGAUGUAGCGGCAAUGGACAUGGUGGGGGUGGUCGCGGUGGUGGAAGAAGAGGUGGUCGUGGUGGUGGUAGAGGAGGGAGAUUCAGAAGAUGA